UUGGUUUAUUUUGCUUUCAAUGGUUUUAGAAUGUAUGAUCAAUAUACGUAUAAUGAGAAGAGGAUGUGUUGGGGAUUUUAAACCAAUUCUUCUGUAUGCCCAUAUGGCCCCAAUAUUCGCAUACUUCACAGCAUUUACAGAGAGAAAGCAAAAGAGGGAGCAGCGAGUAAGAGAGAAAGGAUCCAACGGUGAGAGAGCGAGAGCGGAGUGCUUUGCAGCACUCUGCUGUUACACUAACAUCCUGGCGAGCAGCACCACGGUCCGGCCGACUCGGUACAAGCUUGCCAGCCAGCACGCCAGCCCAUUCAUUCAUUCAUGCACACGCCGUUCGUGCGCGGCUUUGUAGUGUGUCUUCACUCCACUGCUGCUGCUGCUGUAUCCCCCGGAGGAGAGGACGGCUGGAGGAAGUGGCGGGACCGAACAGUGCGAACGGAGGGCGGGCAGCGGCCCAAAUAGAGCCCUCUCUAGAGCAGAUACACUCGCGGGUGCAGUGGAAUUCAAAGCGAUCUAAGCCAAAGGAUUUAUCUUCAAAAAACACGGGAGAGUGAAAGCGAAGUGUUUGCGUGUGUGUGUGUUAGGGAACAGGGAUCAUUUGGAUCUUGUUGUGUGUGUGUGUGUGUGUGUGUGUGUAAUUAGAAGCGAUUUCUACCGCAGUAUGUGCUCGGGUCGGCAGCGGCCUCUAGUGGUGUCUAGUGUGUUGGGGCCUACUGCUGUUGCUGCUGCCAUUAUCCUGCCGUGUGCCAAUCGGUCUGCGUGUGUGUGAGACGAGUGGGCGUACACGCGUGUGUGUCUGCUUGUGUGUGUGUGUGGAUGUGCGCGCUUAUGAUUCCUCUGCCUGGUGGGUGGCUCCUUCAUCUCGCUCACGCUCUCUCCACAUGUGCUGCGCUUCCUAGUAAAACGUGCGUUUCUCUCUGUGUGUGUGUGAGAGUGGCUUUGUGUGUGUGUCCUGGACUGGCCCCGCGCGCCGAGUAGCAUCUCAAAGGGGUGGACCAUAUAAUUGUGCUUAAGCAAGAAGUGGAAAAAGCAAGGAUGCAGCUGGCAGCACGGGGCGAUUGAAGUUGAACGGGAGUUGAACCACUGCUUGGGUACAGCUUGAGCGUCCACCCUCAAACCCUGCAGCUUGCACCAAGAUCACUCCGUGAACAGUGUUCGAGUGCCACCGUAGUGCUGCGGAAGGCCUCCAAGUGAACACUUUACAAGAGAGGCUGGGAGUGUAUGUGUGUGAAACAGCGCUUCCGCAGCGUCGUGUCGUGUCAUCAAUCAACACACAGUCCUGCCUGCUGCAAGGAGGCUCAUCCAAUCAAAAAAAAAAAAAGCAUCUACCACCCACCCAGCGCAACAGAGAAAAGGAACAUCGUCCAGGAGCUGCAGAGCCCCAAAAACACAAAAACCAAAAAAAAAAAAACGCAUCGCCCCGAAAACCGUGAGGUCCCCGGGAGCCUUCUGCCGACAGCGACAGCCAACCGUGCACGGGCGGGACCGGGAGUCACCAUCCAAGGACAACGAAGAUGAACACCGUCCAGAGCACGGGCCAUGCGACCGUUCGGAACAAGAAGGACUCGCAGUUCGAGGAAUUAACUGUCUCUUCCUCGGAAAAAAGAAAUUGGAGAGGCAUUUUUAUUGCGCUUUUAGUGAUCGCUGCCGUAUUGGGGCUAAUUGUGUUUUCCAUUCUACUUCUAUCACCAGAGAUCGAAAGCUCGAAGCUGCACGGGCGUCGAAUAUCGCUGUACGAUAUCAAAUCGGGCCGGUACGAGUGGAACACGCAGAACGGUUCCUGGAUCAAUCGGUACGAGUAUGUGUUCAUCAACGCGGAAGGUGGCCUGACGGCACUGCAAAUCACCCGCGAUGGAGGCUUCCGGUUCGAGGUGCUCAUGAACAAUGCCACCUUCCGGCAGCUCAACGUUGACAGCUACGACGUGUCACCGGAUCGGAACUUUGUACUACUGUACGCCUCGAACGGAAACACGCAGCGCUACAAUCGCAGCUACUACAUCUACGACCUAGCCGCGUCGAACGUGUUCUCCCUGUCGGCGAAGGAAUCGGACACGACGGCACCGCAGCUCCAGCAUGUCCUGUGGGCGCCGGUGGCCUCGAACGGCUCGGGUAUGGGCGUUGGUGGCGAAAAGGCGAUGUCCGGCCAAUCUUCCCACUCGUCCUCCGCUGGGUCGGCUGGAUCGUCUGUUGCAGGCUCGUCGCCGAGCUUGGGCACGGCCUCUUCCCAGGGCAUCGCAUACGUGCAUCAGGGUGACAUCUACUACAAGCCACGCGUACAGUACGAUCUUAUCUGCCGGAUCACCACCAGCGGACGGGAUGGGCCCGUGCUGAACGGUGUGCCCGACUGGCUGUACUCGAACGUGCUCGAGCUGAAGGGACCGUCAUUGCUUUUCUCGCCCGACGGCCAGUAUCUGUCCUUUCUAUCCUUCAACCUGUCCGGCGUUCAGGAGUACCAGUAUCUGUGGUACGGUGAUGGGCAGCAGUAUCCCAAGAUACACAGUCUGCGCUACCCGAAGGUACAUGCGGCCAACCCGAACGUAACGGUGUACGUGGUGCAUCUGGGCGUGCUGAAGUACAUCUUUCCGAAACCGGUCCACGUGCCGGCGUACAUCCGGUCGACCGACAGCUACGUCGGCGGGCUCAGCUGGCUCUCGCCGACGGAGCUCUCGGUGACGUACGCGAGCCGUAACCAGAGCGUAGCGCACGUGCUGCUCUGCCGGGCACCAACGUUUAGCUGUGUGGAGAUCUUCCAAGAGAAGGCAGUGGCCAACUCGUGGGUACUGAUCGGCGAGACGCCAUUGUUCAUCCGACGUCCGUCGGCGCUGGAAAACUAUGCCGCCGAUGCACCCCAGCAGCCACCGGCCGGUUCAGCCCCGACCACGACAACGACAACGUCCGCACCGCCACAGCCACCAACGCCGCCCCCACCGGCAAUGCCGCGCCAUCUGUACAUGCUGAAGCGGCUGAACGUGCGGGACGGUUCGCACGGCUACUAUCGCCACCUGGUGCUGGUCCUGCUCGGCACCAAGCGCACCAUUACCCUGACGAUGGGCCAGUUCGAGGUGACGGAAAUCGUCGGGUACGACGAGCGGCACGGGCUCGUUUACUUCAUGGCGGCCCCGUACCACAAGCCGGGCCAGCGCCACCUCUACAAGAUACCGCUCGGGCUCGAGCAGCUCGCCUCGAUGGCGGGCGGCGGUGGCGGCACUGGGUCUUCGGCUGGCUCGAGCGAGCCGCACCAGCCGGAAACUGGCCGACCCGGGCACAACGCGAGCGACGUGCUGCUGCUGCGCCCGUUCGGCUCCGCUGUGCCGUACUGUGUGACGUGCGGCCGGGGCCCCACCGACGGUAGCGACGGCGCGGACGGUGGCGAUCCGAAGCGCCCGAACAACUGUCUGUUCAAUCGCGUCUCGUUCAACGACGACUACACGUACUUCGUGCAGGAGUGUCUCGGACCGGAAUCACCGUCCACCUACCUGGUGGAGGCCGGCACGGAGCGCAAGGUGCGCGUUCUGAACGACGGCAACGAGCUGCGGGAGCAGCUUGUCCAGCUGGCCAAGCCGCAGAUCAUGACGUUUAGCGUGCAGAUCAAGUACGACUUUAACGCGCAGGUGAAGCUGUUCCUGCCGCCCGGCGUCAAGGAGGACGACGACCUGCAGCUGCCAUUGAUACUGCACAUCGAGGCCGGCCCGGAACGGCAGCUCGUGUCGGAGGAGUACAGCGUCGACUGGAACUGGUACCUCAGCAGCCACCAGUCGUACAUUAUCGCGCAGAUCGAUGCGAGGGGAUCCGGCUUUCAGGGCGAGUCGCUCAAGACGCAGAUCCGUGGACGCGUCGGUAUUGAGGUCGAAGAUCAGCUGGCCGUACUGAUGUAUUUGCGGGAUAAUCUGAAGCUAGUAGAUCCCAAUCGCAUCUGUGUCUAUGGCAAGGGCUACGGUGGCUACAUCGCAAUGCAGAUGCUUGCUACGGACGCGAACCAGGUGCUGAAGUGUGUCGCCGCCAUCUCGCCGAUCGUUUCCUUCCGCUACUUUAAUUCCUUCUUCACCGAGCGUUACGUGCUGCAGCAGGACGACACCGAGCGGUCGCUGAUCGAGUCGGACCUAUCGACGAAGGUUGCCAGCCUGGCGUCGAAGAACUUCCUGCUGAUCCACAGCACGGCCGACUGCGUGGUGCACGAGCAGCAUGCCGCCCUGCUCACCCGCUCCCUCGUCAACCGGGGCAUCAUCUUCCGGCACCAGAUGUACGUCGACGAGGAUCACGAGUAUCGGAGCGUGUCCGAGCAUCUGUACCACACGAUCGAGACGUACAUUGAGGAGAACUUCGGUAACGAUAACCAGGACUGGACGUCGGCAUUCUUCCUGUCUAAAACGUAGUUCUUCCAGUGGUAGGAGGCAAAGCGAACCGAAAGAAAAUAAUACACACACACACACACACACACACACACAUACACAUACAUACAUAUACAACCAUUCUCACAGAAACACACAAACACACACACAGACACCUUCACACAAAGGCAGAGAAACAUCACAACACGUUUGAUUAAUGAUAGAGUAAUGAUAAUUUAAAGAUAAAAAACAAAGAGCAAAACAAGAAGAGAAAAAUAUAUAAGAAUCUAAUAAAUGAGAAACAAGGAAAAACAUUUUGCAGCUGAGCAGGGACGAACGUGGAGUAGAGUGAAGUAAAUGACAUACAUAUUUAAAGCAAAAAAAAACAAUGUGUGGGUGUAUGAAAAAAAUUAAAUGGAUGCAAAUUUAAAAAGGAAACAAUAAAACGAAACACGUGCACCUCCAGGCACGCAGAUACA